GGAUCGUAAAGAUACGUAUAAUGUAAAGAAGAAACGUAAAGAGAUAACACGAGAGAGAGAGAGAGAAAGAGAGUGCGAGUAUAGCAGCGCUUGAUGGCUCACAGGUCGGCAACGAGGGGGUGGUUUCGAGACGUCGCGUUGCGGGGCAUCGAUUUCGGGCCAGGCCGAUGGCAUCGGCGGGGUAUCGAGGGGCGUCCCGACGUGCUGUUGGAGCGCGUCGCGGCGCUGCUGUAUACCCGAAAGUACGAGUCGACCGACAGAGCCGCGCUUCUCUCCGUUCUCGAGCCAUCUCCAACUACCACCAACGAUACAUACACACUCCAACCUCGAAACUGCCUAUCCUGUUUCAUCUUACCAAGUCGGAGGGAGAAAGAACGAAAGCUGAGGCGCGCGCGCGCGCUCGUGUUUGCCGCCUGCGCGCGAGUCGAACGUGUGGCCGAAGAGAGCGUUGCGGGCCUCGCACGAGCUCGCCACGGACGUAGCCGAACCGCUUAGCAGUCGCGCGACCAGAGACCACCGCGUCGUGGUGCUGCCAGCCUCGAGUGCCUUGCCUGGCUUAGACAGCGACAGACUUGGCCUCUACUACUGGCUGGUACUGACGUUGCCGCACACGACACGACACGCGGCCAGUGUGUCCACACCGGCUCAGUACACUUGGAAGACUCCGCCAGAACGGAUCAGGCAUUCGUGUUUCUCUUUCGAGUCACGAUUUUGAAGUUCGUCGAAUUACUUUCAAUAAAAAUAUACACGUGUAUACAUAAAUAUAGCUAUAAACGUAUGAAACAAUUGGUAUUUCGGAGGCACACGAGCUAAAAAGGAAGAUACUAUAUAUAGAGAUAUUUAGAAUAAUCGAACGAUAAUAGGGAAUGAAAUGGCAAAGUGAAGCGGUUUUGAUCAAUUAACAAAGUGAAGACGUUAGACACGAGAUAGACACGGUUAGACGUGACUUGAGUUUCGUAUACGAAUGCGUGGUGUAUCCGGAUGCGCCGGUGCACCACCAGCUGCAGCUGCCAGUGCCGCUACUACCGCCACUGCUACCAGAACCGGCGGUGCUGCCUAGCGCUGCCGCCGUCGUCGUCGCCGCUGUCUCGCUGGUGCUGCUGCCGCUGGCAGAGGCUCGCAGAGGUGUCCACCUCGUGGCAGUCGACACUUCCUGCCGGACGGUGGUAGUGUCCAGGCGCGCUGGACACACGACGAGCCGCAGCCGGUCGCUGCUGCCGUUGUUCGAACGUUGUGAGGAUUAAGACGUGGAAGAGCCGGCCGUGGAACAGGAGACGAAGAAAGAAAGAGAGAAAGAAAACAGGGAAUUGAUAAGGGAAGAAGGUAGAAGUGUGUGACAGAAGGUGAUGCGUGACACACACGGUGCUCUGUGAACUACGGCUCUCAACUGUACGAGAAGAACGUUUUUUUUUUUAUUAGUGUAACAGAGGAAGAGAGAGGGAGAGAAAAAGAAUUCGCGUGGGCAACGAAAAAAAAAAAAAAGGAAAAAGGAGAGAAAGGAAAAAAGAGGAAAAAGGGUUUGACUAGCGAGUGCGACGAACCCUUUCGCUACUCCCUUACACGCACGGGGCCGCACACUCGUGCACGUAUACCGCGAGAGCCGCGACGUGUCGCCGGUAAUAUAGCGUGUACGCUUUCGUUUAGAGGGUUUCUUCCCUCCGACGUCGACGCGCGUAGGAGUGCCGGGUCGCACGCGGUGCCUCCUCUUCACCGACGUCGAGUCCCGUCGGGGUGUCUACACCUUACCUCCUUCUCCAUUCGUGUUUCCACCGAUUCUCCCAGUGAAACCAACGUAUACGUACACAUAUACGCGAAACAAUUACAAAAAUGAAAGCACCAGUGAUCCAUCUCGAACACCCAUAAGGAUACUAAAACUCAACCUAUAUAUAUAUAUAUGUAUAUGUAUGUAUUCUGAUUAAAAAACGUAUAUAAAUAACCUACAUCAAAGAAGCAUCGAAUAACUUGAAAAAACGAUUGAAAUACAAGUUCACCGAUUAGAUCCUAAACUGUAAGAACGAAACACACAACGAAGGAGAAAGAGACAAGCUUUCUGUAAAGAUUCUGAAAGGAAAGAAGAGGAAGAAGAAGAGAAAAGGAUCACGAGUUGGUGGUUGGUGCCGGGUGUGCUGGUGGUGAUUCGGCUUGCGCCAGGUCGUGGUGAUGCCUCGCGGCCGCGGAUCCUUGAGAUCGCUGGGUGUCGUAGGUAAGGACACCGCUGGUGCUUGCGGAGCCGCAGUCCCGGUUUCGUACGGCGUCGUUGCGACGAGGACACGCUGACGAGUGCAGCCCCCGGUGGCACGGCAGUGGUCGCUCCUGCAGGCCAUGUAUUACGGUCCGGUAAUCGACCGUACAAUCGGCAGCAGCUGCAGUGCCAGCGACCUUCAGCAGCCGCGAUCACCACGGCCACGACGACGUAGACGCGUUGCCGCGGCGCCCGGCGUCGCGGACGACGCCGACAACGAGGACGAACUUCAGUAUCACGAGCCGGCGUACGUUGUCCUCGAUGUGCAAUCGAACGAGAAAAAUGGUCAUCGGAUUGGUUGUCACGCCGCUCCGAGGCCUGGCAGAAGACGAACCGGCGGAAACGCGAUUAGGAUACUGCUACUCGCCACUGCCGCUGCCUUCUUCGCACUCGCCGUCUCUCCUGUGUCUGGCACGACAAACAAGAAAGAGGAAGAGACGGCGGUGGCCACUGUCGGUGUCACAGAGGAGACCACCGAUGUCCUGGGGACGAGAUCCAGGACACGAAGCGAAUCUGGUGGAGGCAUAGACCUCUUGGAAGCGUUACAGCUGCACAAUACAACGCGGCAGGGUGUUACACAGGUGCCAGGACUGGUUAGGUUAAAGCCAGCCUAUUAUCUUCAGGGCGAGGAGAGGGAGCUCCGACUGAACGAGGCGAGUUUCAAACAAGCGGCCACGCUACUCCGGCAGGUUCCGGAAUUCACUAUAGCCGCCGCUCUGCGACAAGAGGAGGCCAAUUCCGGGACGAUCGUCGCCUUUUCACAUGGGAACAAUAGAUAUUUGGAGCUGCAGAGCAGCGGCCGUAAGGACGAGCUUCGACUUCACUACGUAUCGCGCCGGGACGGUAGCGUCCACGUGGAGGCGUUUCCUUUUCGUCUGGCCGACGCCGCCUGGCACAAGGUCGCCCUCAGUGUAAGCGGCUCGCAGGUCGAGCUGCUCGUCGACUGUCAUCCCUUGUACAGGCGGCUGCUUAGGCCUGGACCACCUGACACCAAUUUCACUCUGCCACAGCUUCAACUUUGGGUUGGACAGAGAAACGCCAGGCACUUUCUCUUUAAGGGUGCUUUGCAGGAUGUGCAGCUGAUACCAGGCCCCCAUGGCUACCUGUCGCAGUGUCCUCAGCUCGAUUCAUCAUGUCCCACUUGCGGUCAAUUUUCUAUAUUACAAAACACGGUGGAACAGCUGAUGCAUAACCUUAACGAGCUGACGCAUAGGCUAGCCGCUGCAGAGGGCAGGAUAAGCAGAGUGGAGGAGUGCGAGUGCCAAAAAUCAUGCAGGGCAAACGGUACCGUCCACGAGGAUGGUGCGACCUGGGAGAAGGGCUGCCAACAAUGUUCCUGCGUUCAUGGGGAGAUCGAGUGCAGACCGACACCCUGUGCACCUGUCACCUGCAAGAAUCCUGUCAUUUCUCAGGGACAGUGCUGUCCCACUUGCUUAAAACAAUGUUAUUUGCACGGAGUUAUUUACGAUCACGGUGAGAAAGUUUCGCCGAAACAGUGCGUAGAAUGUGACUGUUUCGAUGGCAGCUUCACCUGUCAGAGGUUCGAUACGGAAACAAGAUGUCCGCCACUGCCCUGUCCACCGAGCGAGCAGAUUAGUGUGGCAGAAGAAUGCUGCAAGUUCUGUCCAGGGGUGGACUACUGCGCGAAGGGCCACAAGUGUCACGCUAACGCGUCCUGCCUGAACCUGCAAACAACGUACGCCUGCCACUGCGAUAUCGGUUUCCAGGGGGAUGGUCAUAACUGUCACGAUAUAGAUGAAUGCAAGCAGCAAGGUGGUUCUGAGGGGCAUCACUGUAACGCGAACACAAAAUGCGUGAACGUGAUCGGUUCUUAUACGUGCGAGUGUCUUCCGGGUUAUCACAGAGUAGACAAGUUCAACUGUGCCGAGUUAGAUGAGUGUGCGACUGGCCAUCAUGCGUGCGACGAACACGCCACCUGCGUUAACACUGCGGGAAGUUACUAUUGCAUCUGCAAGGAUGGCUACACUGGCGAUGGUUACACGUGCAAACCUGUCUGCAAUCAGACCUGUCAAAAUGGUGGCGAGUGCGUGGCGCCAGGAAGGUGUUCCUGUCGACGUGGUUAUAUCGGCAACAGUUGUGAACUAGAUCUUGACGAGUGUGCGAGUGAUUUGCAUCGAUGCCAUCAGUCGUCGACUUGUUUCAAUAUGCCCGGUUGGUACUACUGUCGUUGCAAGCCAGGUUACAGAAGCGCCCUCCACGAUAGUACUCAGGGUACACAGUGUGUUGAUAUCGACGAGUGCAACGAUCAAACGAUCGAAAGGAGGCACACCUGUCAUCCUAGUGCUAAAUGUGUCAAUACCGAAGGAGGUUAUGAAUGUGUUUGUCCACUUCAGGAGGACAAUCGCACCAUGGAGGAAUGUAGGCUGAGUUGCUGGUUCGAGAAUCGAGAGGUGAGAAACGGAGAGACUCUAGCGCCAGCUGGGAAUCCCUGCAGAAGAUGCACUUGUAAAGAUGGCGUUAUCACAUGCAAAGACCCUAUAUGCGACUGCAGCGCUCCUGGAAGUCAUAGGGACAAAUGUUGUCCGCAAUGUGAUCCUGCAGCCUCUUGCAGACAUCAAGAGCUUCAUCACCUAGUCUUCAGAAGUGGCGAACGAUGGAUAUACCAGUGUCAGACUUGCGAAUGCCUGUAUGGCGAAAUAGACUGCUGGCAGAUGGAGUGUCCACCAGUGACCUGCUCGAACCCUGUGACAGAGGAUGGGGAUUGUUGUCCUCGUUGCGAAGAUGAUCCCUGUGCGAGAGAAUUGCCUGGAAAUGGCACUUCCCUCUCAGUACUGACCAGACCACGACCAUGUAGCUACUCCGGAAUUAUCCACGACAGUGGCAGCUCCUGGCAGGAUCCCAAUGACAAGUGCACCACGUGCGAGUGCAAGGUGCCGUACUGCGCCCAAUUGGUGAGCAAUAGCGCGUGUUGUGUGCAUCGGACGGGCAGCUAUGCUGCAGCUACGAUUACGGCUGCGCUGGCGAUCUGGGCAGCAACGGGCAGCAGCAACGUCCUCCAGUCGUUGUUCCUGAGCCUGUCAUACGCGGUCUACCGAGCCCUGCGGGGUCACCGAUGGCUGACGGUACACCGGAAGCAGCUCUAUCAGCGGUUACCGCUUCCACCUCUGCUGGUCCAACAUCAAUCGCCAGCACCUACCUUCUGUCGGCCUCGUCUUCUUCCUCGUCCGUCAACAACGUCGCCACUGGUGGGUCUACCGUCAGAAAAGAUCACUGGGCUUUGCAGAACAGCCUGCCAAGUCCACCCCAACAACACAGAGAUGACCAUCGCUCCAGAGCGCAAAUACAGCAACAACAAGUUCUACCGACAGCCAGGUACCAGGUGGCCUCUGGAGCAGCGACGACGUCGUCGACACCUGAACGCGUUACACCCACGUCGACGUCGUCGACGACGACGAUUAAGGCUUCGGUCAAGCACGAGGCCAAGCCACAGGCGUCUACGUCGCGACGUCAACGUACCAAGUCGUCCAAAGGUCUCGGGAGCUUGCGUCAACGUACCAAUGCGUCCUCCACUUCCACCUCCUCCUCCUCCUCACCCUCGUUGCCGUCACCUUCGUCGUCCUCGCCAUCUCUCGCGAUGCUGGCGUCUUCUAGCGCCAGCCUCGACCCACAAGCGGACAGCGUCUCCACUAGCAGCAGCGCCACCAGCGAGAGCGUGGUCGCGAAUAGCGGUUACCGUCAACCGCCGCCGACGGGAGGACGCCACCGGCGCAGCGAGGCCAGGGAGUCUAUGGCGCGCGACAGUGACGCCACCUGAGGCUGACGCUUCUGUGGACAGCUAGAAGAAAAAGAAAUGAACACUGGCAACGCAUUCCAGGGGGUGUAGCACGGCAACUGUGGGCUGUGGCCCGACGUAGGAGCGAGUUCGGAGAAGCGUUCUCUAUGGUCACCUGAUCGCCUGAUUGAGGGUGUCGUCGAGGGAAACGAACGCACUAAACGGGACAAGAGAGAACCGACUACGAGACGAAGCAACACAGAGGAGCAUAACAAACGGAUUCUAGUUCUAAAUCCGUUUGAUUUGUCGACGAUCGUAGACAACGAAGAUGACGAUAUUAGGGAAGAACGUCCAGUUUCCUCGACGAGAUCGAUCCUCGCCCAGCUUCCAGGGAUCGCCGCGUAUCAUUGGAUCGUCUAUUAAAGGACAUUUCCCAUCAUCCGUGGUCUGUGGUUGGCUGACUUGAGUCACGACAGAAAGAGGCUAUACUCGAGCUUCGAUAGGUCUAGGUUAAGUCUGCCAAGCUCGACGCUUCGAGGACACGGUGUUCAGCGAGGAAAACGAUCGACCGAUUGCAUUUUUGGGGAAUGUUAGGUGUGCCAAAAUCAUGAGCUUGCCAACAUCAGAAAACUUGUCGGAUCUUCUGUUAGUAAUGACAUACGCGGACCCGACUCGCGCUCCCUCUGCUUGGUUUCUUUUUGUUUGUCCUCGAAAGAGAUCGAACGACAACAUAGGGUGAGUCCGUCGUUGUCGUUGGUCGUAGAUCGGACGAAGCGUCUUUCCUCGCAUCUGACUAAAUGGGUCAAGCAUAACACAUAAGUGAGAGAGAAUCGAGAAACUGAACCCAUGACGCGCGGUGUCCUCCGGGGCGUUCUCUCAACACAAAGCAGCACCGAAUCACACGCUUUCGCGAUUCCUUUUCUUUUCUCCUUUUUUCUUUUUUUGACGUAAUUUCCAUGUUGAACAGGUAGCGCACAAUAUUUGGGCCUUAUAAAAGUUAUAAACAGGAAAAAGGAAAAAAAAAGAGAAAAACGGAGAGAUCUUGUCAUCGUUUCGCCAGCGGGAAAUCUAAUCUGUAAUUACGUAAUUAAUGUAAUUUAAAUAUCGUGUUUCUGCUUCCACGGCGAGGCGAAAGACAAGGAAAAUGUAAAAUGAUAGAAAUUAGUACUUUAUCGUAAGGAAUUGAAUUAUCCCAAAACAAGGAAAUAAUAAUUGAACUAAAUAUAGAAGAGCUCCGUAAUAUACUUAUUAAGAUACACGAAUACAUAUGUAUAUGUAUGUAUAUAUACUAUAUAUUACUAUUAAUAUAUACAAAUAUAUAAAUAUAUAUAUACGUGAUGUAUAUUCGAUAUACGGAAUCACGCGUGAAAUAUUGACGAUUCUAUUUAUAGAGUGAUGUGAAUCGAGAUCGAUCUUGUCGAUUAUAAAAAUGCACGUACGUAUACACGUAAUAAAGAAAAAAAGAAUAUUCUAUGGAUCAUAUCUCGUGACGCGAUGUACAACCGUGGGUUGUUGUAAAGCUAUCGCAUGGAUAUUAUAGAGCUCAUGUUUUCUUCGCGGGGAUGAAGACGAUUAAUUAAAGGUAAAAGAAAUGGACAUAAGAAACGUCGUAUAGUCUUUACGCUUGACACGUUAUCAUUUAAGAGUCAUCGUUAUGUAUUAGGGUAAUUCUGAGAUUCCGAUUCUCGCGGAGACUUCGAGAGAGAGAGAUAGCAAUGUCAUUUUUUCUAGACAACCAUCACAGGCCGGUUCAGUUUCUCUGGUUCCAAAACGCUGAUUGGUUUAUGCCUGAUCCACACGCGUCGAGUCAUAUAGAGCGUAACCUGUGCCUCCGCGGAUUCACUAGCCAUUCAACUUUGGCUCUAUUUACGCGAUGAAAGGUUAGACGUGUUUAUCUACUUCUUCCAGUUUUAAAUUCUUUCACUUAAUACUUGAUGAUCAAAUUUCGUAUGAAACAUUUUUCACGCUACAUCUGUCAUUCAAUAAUUUUGAAUAAUUUUGAGUCAAAUUAAAUAAGUUCGUAGACUUCUUAAAUGAAACGAAAGGCGGAUUAAAUUAUCUUAAGCUCCAAUAUUUCAUUAUUAAAUUUUUUACCUACGGAUUUAUUAUUUUAAUAUGUCGUUUCAUUUCUACAGAAAAUAAAUUACAACAUAUUUCUGUUUCGAAGAAUUAAAAUUAGAAAUUGAAUACUUUCUCUAUAUCAACUACUAAUUUCAUGACUACAGGACUCUCCGAUUAAGGCAUGAUCCGGUUAACAGGUUAGAAACGUUCGAGGUUAGGUUACUAGUGACAAAUCGAAGUCAGGUCGAUUUAAAUCUAUUUCAAAUAGUCCAAUAUAUGUAAGCAUUUUCGCACAUAUUUUGGAAUUAAAAUGGAGAAUACAUGUCUAAUUUUUCAUUGAUGAAAUUGGGUUUCUUGUUCAAUUAUUAGUUUUACACCGGACGAUGAACGUGCCGGCUCCCUCGAACGAUUCUUUAGCUCGCUCAAUCCAACGCGACCACUACGACUACAUUCCUCCUUGAUUAACAAUAAGUAGGCACUAAAAUGAGAGAAACACAAAUAUAUAUAUAAAUAUAUAAAUAUAUAUAAAUAAACGAACAAAGAAAGAUGUGGAUAAAUAAUUAAUUAAAGAAGCAAGAAACGGAUGAAAAAAUAAAUAAUUAAAAUAAAUGAAGGAAUAUAUAUAUAUAUAUAUAUACAUACAAAUAUAUAUAUACAGUAUUGUGCAAAAGUAUUAGAUCAUCUAUCAAUUAAAAGUGUUUUGUUUCUGUGAAUGAAUAUAAGAAUAUUUGCUAUUAUUUUAAUUCUUUUUAAAAUUUUUUAAAUUAAGAAUUGGUAAUUAGUAAUUAUUGGUAAUUAAGUUUCACAUUAUUUCCAUAACAAUAAUAGUUAUUUUUGAAACAUUAAUUCUCACUUUUAUAUAUACAUAAUGUCAUUUUUGGUGUUCCGAAAUUGUGCGGAAUAUGUAUGUUCUGUAAUGUUCUAAAUUUAAGAUAGAAUCAUAAACUAGCAAUGUCAUGAAAUAAAUAUCUAAAAAUCCAUUUUUAUGUAACAACAUAUAUAGGAAUUACUUCGAGGUCAAUAACAUAGAUGGUCUAAAACUGCUGUAUGGUACAGUAUGAAGAGGAGGCAGGAAUAUACAUAUAUACACAUGUACGUAUACAUAUGGAAAUGAGAGAAAAAAGUGAAGCACUCGGGUAAAUUAAUCAAUUAAUAAAUAAACUCCUGGCGAAGUAUAAAGCGUGCUGAGAGGGACUCAUAUAACGUGCAUUCGUAAUCGUUCAAUGUGCAAUAACAUAUGGCUUAAUUUGUGAAGAAGGCUCCUAUUAGUCGCGCGGUAUCAGUGCUGCUCCACGUUUGAAGGAGGAUUCUCAUUAACGUAAAACUUACGCGAGUCGCGUGGCCGCUACCCUCUGUCAUUCUAUUUAUCCGUCAUUCAUUAAUACAGAUUUCCUCUGAUUUUCCUUUUAGAGUAGAUAUCUUCAGCGAAAAUUUGAAAAAAUAUUUACAAUCAUAACAGUGAUAUUUAAUUGGAUAAGGUGGCCAUUUUGUAUCUCAUUGAUCACGUGACACAACGAAUUCGUCGACACAAGAUGGUGGCCAGCCACGUGACGUCAAAGCUCCGAGCACAUGUACGAAGUGGCGACGAUUCGUUCCAACUUUUUAUACACAAGAAUGUAUAGUUUUUCCAUCGUGGUGCCGAAAUAAAAAUGAGAAGACCGCUAUUAGUUCCUCGAGAUAAAAAGAACUGGGCAACGAGCUUCGUACGCUUCGUCGCGUGUUAAAUAGAGGGGUACAUAAUACUAUACACUUGCAUAAACGAUAAAUGAACGGAGAAGCGUGCAUUGGGUCGAGCAAAUCGUAAAUUAAUCGUCAUUGUCGAGCAACUGAUCGAUGAACACACUGCGUUGUUCUCAUUGUAUAUAGGAUGUGUAUUGUUAGAGUGACAAACCUAUUAGUGAGACGUAUUAUACAUACAUGCAUACACAAUAUACACAAACAAGUAUUAUACAACCGACGCUAUUCGCCGUGCGAUUUCAAUUACUAUGAAUUAACAUCUUAAUGACACCAGUACUAACAUUUUUGACAUGAAUCUAUUAAUGAACGACGAAAGAAUGAUGAAGGAUGAUGAACGACGACGAGAGAGAGAGAUUCGAGGCAUUGGUCUCCAAUUAUUUCAGUCGAAAUUAAUAACUAUUAUCAACUUUUCCAAAAUCUAGACCAAAAUUGUAUUUUCUGCCCCUCCGUCUCUCUUUUUCUCUCUCUCUGAAUCGAUCUAGAAAUUAUUAUAUACAUACAAACAUACACAUACACUCUCUCUCUCACUUUCACUCUCUCUGUCUCUCUCUCUCUUUCUCUCUCUCUCUCUCUCUCCCGCUUGCUUCGCAACGUUCCUCAGAGUUUCGAGGCGAGAACGGGACGAAGAGAUCGGCGCGUCGUAUCGUAAACUAGCAUACAAUUAAUUGAUAAAUAAAUAGAAUCGUAUUACCUAUUGUAUUAUCGAUAAAUAAUUGUGUUAAGCAUUUAACGACGAAUUAAUAUCGAGGAGCGGGGAGAACACGGGGAAGGACGAGCCUAAAUAUUAUAUAUAAGAUGGAAAUGCGUUUGGCACAAAAGAUGAUGAAAAAUAUCUGAAGGGGAUCGUCGAUUAUUACAGACGAUACUAGUUAUUAAAGGUGUAACUUCGUUAGAUGUAAUUCUGCGUGGCCAGAAGAGGAGAAGAGGAGAAGAGAAGACGAGUAGGAUGCCUCGUUGCCAGUAUUUGUUCCAAUGAUAUUUUCGUAUCCUGGUGUAUCGUAGUCUAAGAUCGUUCGAGAAAGUCUGCUUGGCCCGAUAGAUCGCAAACUCUAAGUUUCGGAGCCUUGGAAAUUUCUUCUUUAACCCUGCAAUGCUACAUAACCGCUCUAACCUUAAAUAUGGCGCGACUAGAAACCAAUAUUUCGAUCUUGAGAAUCAAUAAGAAUAGAGGUUAGACUUAAAAUAUUACGGGCAACGUUUCAAACUAAGUUCAGAUUAUGGAACUCAAUAAGAAUAGAGAUUAGGUUUACAAGAUUACAGCAAUCAUUUCAAACAAAUCUAUUACAAAAUAGUUUUAGUUCUCCUAUUUUAGAAAAUUGUACACAUGACAUAAGUAACAAAGCGGUUAGAAUCUUUUUAGGAAUAGCUGAAAUAAAAAUGAGUGGGAAUGCAGUAUUUCACUAUAGUAUUUCAGGGUUAAGUGACAGGUUAGCUCACUUCGUCUUUUAUAUCUCACCUUCAUACGAUGGAGGAGAACAAAAACAGUCAGUUUGGCCUAAUUCACGAAAUAAUAUCUAUUUUACAAAAGUGUUCUGAGGUAUCCAAAUUCUAAGAAAGAGUAUUUUUAAAAUCACUGAACGCCAUAACGUAAUCAUAAGUAUCUCCUGAGGAAUUGACAUUAAAUCUGGCAACGUGGUAUUCGUACACCAUUAUCCGCGCGUUGUCCUUCGUUCGAUUAGGCAAGAUAGCCAAGCAAGACAGGCCAGGUCUCGUAAUGAGGUAGAUAGGAUAAGUAGAAGAUAUAAGUCGGUAGGUAGGUAGAUAUCCGAAAGCAGGGCGGCGAUAAGCAGCGUUAAUAUCGCGUGCCAUAGUGAAUCUAAUUGUAUAGUGUUCACUCGUUGCUCUUCGUAUUUUGGAUGAACUCGACCCCCCGCCCCACACAAAAAAAGAAAAACACAAAAAAAGAAUUGAAGCGAAAGAUCGGCAAGCGGUAACGAUGGUAUGUAGUUAGACCUACCUUCAGUGGACAAGAUAUAAAGGGAAGUAAAGAAGAAAAAAGAAGCUCUAAAAUGAACUACGGAUAUCCUCAUGGAAAGAAGAAGAGGAAAAAAGUAGUUAAAAAAAAAAAAAAAACAGCGAGAGAAAAAACAGCCAGUGGACUUCUUUUAUAGUGUUACCUAAUUAUUAAUAACAGUUUACCAUGUUACUCCUGACUAUCGUUAGUUAACGCCUAAUUACUUAUUACCGAAGUAACUAACUACACAACGAUUAACUAGUAAGCGCUUUUAAAUUAAAGGAGAAUUAACGAGGAUCUAAACUACAGCCAGCCUAGUCCCAGUUUUAAUCUGUGCUAACACGUAGAAUGUUACUCUACCGUUACUACCUACUGGCACUAAUUGUUACCGUCAUCGUCACUAUUUCGUUCGAUUUCGUCGUGUGCGUUCGAUAGCAUCUGCAUCGCUUCCCGUGGUCUGUAUAAAACCUACGUAAAAGUAAGUCAAACGUGACUUACUAGAAGUGUCCACCUGGAUACUUCCCAAAAAAAGUUUCAAACAAGUCGCUUCGAGAAGCUGAUUACGUCGAGGCAGCAUUUUUUUAAACUUCACAUCUUUCAAAGUAUUCUCUCUAUAGAACGAAACAUCUUUUUUUGUAACUUUUGCCUUUCGUAUAAUCGCACAGAUUUAUAAUUGCCGCGUUUCGCAGCCACUGGAGCGAUCGCAGCGCCGCCGAGCGCCAGUCGAGUGCAACCACACGCGACACCGAAUUAGAUGAGCCAAGCGUACGGCUGCUAGUGUUAUCUUUCUCGAUACACGUGCUAGUGGCUGGCGCAAUCGUCACUGCCGGGACUAUCAUCGUCAUCUUCGUUCAUUCGAUCAUCCGAUCAGGAAACAGGCGACCGACACGUCGAAUGGACGUCAAGUUUCUAAUUAUUAACUACAAGCUCUCUACUAAUUAACAUUGUAACUCGUCUAUUUACUACAAAAAAAAAUCUUGUUGCUGUCGUUUAGACGGGCACAAUGCGAUAUCGAAUGGGGUCUGGUUAUUUUAGUUGACAUUUCUUUUCAUCGUACACAUCGAUCGAGAUCGUGGAUCGCGGAUCGAGAAACAGGCAUCGAACCGAUAAGGCAUCGAAAGGGAACGAAAUCGAGAGCUUGCGCCUGCGCCGCCCUUUGCAUAUAGAUGUACGCUACCUGGUGAUGUGACGUCGGUAAACGAAGUCGAACUAUACGAAUGGGAAACGUAGAACCUUGUUCUUCCAGUGUGUACCGAUCACCCUUCGACUGCCGUACAUUCGAGCCCGCUGUUUUCAUCGAGUCGACUUAGACAAACGUGUUAGGGGUGGAUAUAAUCUCUGUUACUUUCCGAAUGUUACUUUGGCGUUACUUUGGCUUUACUUGGCUAUAUGGAAUUGUGAAUAUGUACGUCACAAUGGUACGAUCCUUUAUACUCCAUUGAUUGAUCUACAUAUGUAUAUUUCAUUUGGUGGAAUAAUUAUAGGAAUCGUUGUGGACGAAAUUUGUGUGAAAUAUAGAUUAGAUCGAUGUAAGUUUAUAAACGAGUAUAAAGGAUCAGAGAGGUUUAUCUUAAGACGAUAGUCUCAAAGAUCUCUGACAUUCUACCGACUUCACGAAGUCAUGUCACUAACAUUAGGCUCAUCAUCUCUACCUAUCUUGUCCUUCCUCCCCCUUCCCCCUAUUCUUCCUUCAGUCGCCAGUAUCGAGUCUCCUCGACGAAACGUUCUCUGGCCGAACUGAAGAACAUUCGUUUCUACCCAUUGCUCACGAUUAACCCACGUAUAAUCAUGAGACUGCUCUGACCAAUGCGAAACCGAUCGUGUCGUCCAAGGUGAUCGACUGACUGAAAAUUCUUGUUGGCCCUCUAUAGACCAUAGUUCCUAGCUCAACUUAAUCCCAAACUUAAAGACACCACACUUAGUCUAAGUUUCUCAUUCAGACUCGAAACGAAAAAGGUAAACGAAGACUUAACUCAGGCCUAAACUUAAUCCUAUCGCGAUAUAUACAUAGCCUAAAAGAGAGAAAUGAAAUUUAAUUCACCCUAGAGUUCAGAUGAAAUUUCACUUAUAGUUCGGUAUAUAACAUAACCUUAAUAUUAAACGAAAGUGUUAACCUCGGUGACUUAUUAAACGGUCCUGUGCUAGAACAGGGCCUAGCUUUAGUCCCGAUUAUUAUAGCGUUAAUCUAACAUUUAACGACUGUAAAUUAAACCUAUAAAGGGUUAAAGAAAAUACGAUCAAGGGUUAACGGAACAACGAUUCUUGGGCCCGAUUCGUUUCCUGUUGGUCGUGAAAUCGCUUGUAACAGCGUGUAACGAUUAUCUCGAACGUUUUACGUCGGUCGUGGACUGAGGCUUGGUGCAGAAAGGAAGUGUAAACGAACAUUAUGUGUAAAUCUCGGAUUCUUUGAAUCUAGAAAGCUAUAUGGUAAAAAGAAAAAGAAAAAAAAAAAAGAAAAAACGUGUUUCGAGCGUCGCCCGGACAAAUAAAAAGCAGUUACUAUAA